AUGCAUCCAACUUCGUUCCCGACAUCAUCUUUCAAACCCGUGGCUUUUCGCCGUGGUGUACUGCCCGACGUGUAUCACGCUGCCACGGGUGAUCUGUUUGACCAUGGCAACAGUAACCCGCAUUCCAUCACUGAGACACUAGCGGCAAUGGAAGAGGGUCAACAACAGCACGUGGCUGCCCAACAGCAAAGGGUGUGGCACUCGUACCCAACCAUUCCGUAUUACUCACCCAUGCAAGGAAUGCAGCUGGUGAUUAGUGUAGAUGGGGUUGGGGAGGCCUCAGCGGGCGACCCAAGUGAUGCAGUGUUACUGAAGUCUCUUCCAAAGUUUCAGGAGGUUCUGCACGAAACGGUAGCGAAGCACGGUAAUGUAUACUAUCUGAGCUCUUUGCCCGCCAACCGCAAUGCACUGCUUCACCCCUUCAUAACAGCGGCUCCGCAAGCCGCGACGGCUGAUUUAGACUACUGGCGCUACUUGCAAGGACUGCAGGAUGCUUUCAUGAAGCUUGUUGAACUUCGGGACGAGUGUGUUCGGGAAUCCUCCCGUGACGCGUGCACACACCAUAUACUUUUAGUUCGUGUCGCCAGUCACCCUAGGUUGAAGGAUGUUGCGUUGCUUUUGUCCGUGGAGAAAUGCCGACUCUGCUUGUGCCUCAGUGCCUCGUCAAAGGUAGCGCAACAAUACUUCACACAACGGGCACAAGACGUCGGCGUAGAACUUGUGUGGGUUCUCGGUUCUACACUGAUUACAGAACCUGAGUGUCUGUCUAUGGCAGACAUAAAUCCUGUUUUUGCGCUCUGGGACGUGUUCGUCAACAUGCACCUUUACACGACAGUGACUGAUGGAGGUGAGGCAGGGUCUGUGGGAGGCCCAAACGGUAACGCUUCCAUGAAAAGCGGUGUCAACAACGUUAUUAGCAGGGAUGGAACAGAAGGUACACUGAGACACGUGGACAUCACAGUCAUGUCGUCGAUACGCUUCUCUGGGUGUGACUCAUAUGCACCUGCACUCCGCUUGAGCGAUGUAGGGCAACUACCAGGAGGUGGUAGGAGAUUACUAUGGGCGUUGGUGGGUUCUCUACGUGUCGUAAUGCCGCAUUUUGUGGCGGCAUUGGUGCGUAGUCUUGUGGAGCAUAGCGUGGUGGAGCGUUUCGAGCUUCGCUUUGAUCAUGGUUUGCCGGGUUCCGCUGCAUCCGCUGGUGCUGCGUCUGAGGGUGGAGCAGCAACUGCGGGUCGUGGAGUUGUUUACGUCACGGGAGGCCGCCGCGGCAUCGGAGGCCGGCGUGGCCUGCCGCAUGGUCUCACUUUCCGAUCAUUCAGUCGUCUUAGCGCUGAGUUUUGGCUCUCUGACGAGGACCGUCGCGAAUGUGGCCUCAUUGUUGAGGGUGAUCCGACGCCACUGGAGUGCGAGUUUGUAGUGGACUCAAUCCGUUACAACCGUAAGUUGUGGGAGGAACAAGAGGAGUGUGAAGUCGGUCGGUACAUGACAAAUGAGAAUGGGGAGCUACUGCAACCACUGCGUUGGGGUCGCUGCUUUCAAGCUGUGAUUGGUGUAGAAAGGAUCAUAGAUGAGCAAGAGGAGUGA